AUGUCGACGCCGAGCGCGCCGACGGCGCUCGCGGACGGUCUCGACGCCAUCGCUCAUGCCCUCGCACGCGGUGUCGCGCAAACGUCGACUUCGACGUCGGCGUCGGCGAAAUCGCGCGAAAGGUUUGACGCGAUGGCUGGACUCAUCGAGCACGCGCGCGAUAAAAACGACGCCGUGCGCGCGCUUCGCGCGACCGAGGACGCGCUGGUUGCGUGCGUGGUGCGACCAGAGGGUGAGAUGUCGGCGACGCGGGCGUCGAUGACGCUUGGGGCGCUGUACGAGGCGACGGAUGGUGGGUCGUUGUAUUCUCGGGCGAACGAGCUGUUGGACGCGGCGACGACUUCGAAAUCGACGGCGUUCGCAAAAGCGUCGGCGUUUAAGGCGCUGAUGCGACUGGGCGAGAAGUUUGGGGAUAAAUUGUCUGGGAAUGCGUCGGCGUACGCACGGGCGGCAUGCGCGAGUGUGAGACCGAAUGAUGACGCGCGAUGUCGACGCGCGGCGUUGCGAUUUCUUGCGGCGACGUGCGAGAAGUCGGCGGGCGGGCUAGACGGGAAAGGUAUCGCCGCGGUGUAUAAAACGCUCGUGCGGUCGGAGCACGAUAGAUCAAAGGGCGUGCGUGCGGCAUUCGUAGACGCGAUCGGUGCUCUUGCGCUGGCGUGGGCGGCGUCCAAGGAAAAAGGCGUUGUAUCCGCGAGCGAUUUGGACAUCACGGGUGUCGUCGAUCGAAUCUUACACGCGCUGAAAGACGAUAGCGCGCGCGUGCGAGAUGCGGCUUCAGGCGCGCUCGCUAGCGUGAUUCUAGCUUGCGCGACUGUUUCGGUCGAAGAUCGAAUGAACAACGAGGAUAGUUCUGGCGAACCGCGCUUUGCGAGAGCGGUGAGCACGUUUCUGUACGGCCCAUUCAUGAACGCAUGCCGUGAGCGUUCUUUGAUGAAUCAGCGCGUGUGUCUCGGUGUUUCGCGCGCGUGGAUUUCAUUCAUAAAUAGAUCCGUGCGCGGCGGUAUCACUGAUCAUCACGAAGUCGUUGGAUUCACAGUGAAGACGCUGCUUUCGCAUGCGCUGGACGACGAUCCACACGCCUGCGCGUGCGCUAUUUACAUUAUUCGGGUUGGAUGCUUGGCAAAAGCAGACGAAGCGAGUCUUCGUUCGACUCUUGCGACAUCUAUCGAAGCGUUGUCAUCAACUGACGCUUGUCGAUUACUGAUAGCCGCGCGCACCGCGAAGGAUGCUAUUGAAGUCAUCGGGAGCGUGGAUGACGAACUUUGGGCGCCAACUUUGCAGUCAAUCGUGAAAGCACUCUCGCAUGGUGACCGCAACGUUCAAGCCGAAGCCGCAUUGGCGCUACGCGCGCUUGCGCUUGCGUGUCCGACCAAGUUUGUUGCGCAGCUUCUUGAGGCGAUGGCACAAUUGAAGGCGCUUGUUGCUGCGGUAGAUGAAGCCGAUUCGCUCACGGCGUGCGGCGCGGCGUUUCACAUCGCCACCUUAGUCUCGAUUGGUGCCGAGUUCACGUGCGGCUUACCGUCGAAUAUACUUCGUGAUGCGGUUGCACUUGGUAUCAAGUGCGCGACGGGACCAGGAAGCGCACGCGUGCGCGAAGGUGGAUGGAUCGUCAUCUCCGCGUGUCUUGUCGGUUCCGGUGCCACUGUGGCGUCUGAGAUGUGCGGCGUUUCGAUCAAGUUCGCGCUGACUGCAACGUUCGACGCAGUCGUGGAAAGUGGAGUUGAGGGCGAACCAGGCGAGAUAUACGCCGCCGCUGCCGCCGCCGAAGCCCUGUCUGCAUGGCUCAUAGGGAAACAAAGUGAAUCGUCGAGUCUCAUACCUCUGCUGCUUUCGGGCAUCACGGCUACGGAACGCAUACUAAGCGCUAGACAAAUUUCUGUUGCCGACGAGCGUGCAAAGUCAUUGUUUCGGUUUAGAAUGUUUGAACUUCUCAACUCGGUCGAGGAUACGGGAUUUUACAGCGAGUUGCACGGUCGAAUCGUGGCACUGUGUCAAACAGCUUCGCGGUCUUCGGCGCAAAUCGAUGAACGUCAACCAGAGAACUUUCUGAAGGCGCAACUAAGCACAGAAGACUCGCAUCUCGGACCUUGGCCGACAAAUUCUGAUGUCAACUUGGAUGAGUUACACACCUUCGAAGGAUCGGCUGACUCGCCUCAUCCACGCGUCUGGAUUGGUUUGUCUGAAACGCAUGCAUAUCCUAAAGCGCGAUCUAUGCGAGCAGCGACGCGACAGGCGCAGGGCUUACAAAUGGCUCGAGUGUUCACGGCAUCGCCAGAGCUGCGCAUGGGCAUCUUGCAUCACUUUCUCAACACCGCUCAUCGAGUGAUCGAUACACCGUCUGACGCGCGCGAACUGUGCGAGCAAGGUGUUUUUAUACCGAAAAAGCAAAACGCCAUCGACGUCAUUCAGAGCAAAGCACUGAGUGCACUGGGCUCGCCAUUCAAGUCUCGAAGGACGAAAUCGGAUGGAAUCGACGAGUACAACGAGCGCGUGACGAUGCUUACUUUGUUGAGCGCCGAUGUCCUCUCGGCUGUGAAACACAUCGUCGAGAACACGAAGACUCAAGACUCCGUGAUAAUGUCUCAGUUCAAAAAGGUGGCGAAUGUCAUUCGCUAUGCCGAGUUUUCAUCAACGCAACACUGGCGCGCUAUUGCAGAAAUCACAGCUUAUGCAAAUGCGCUUCAUCCAGAUUCUGAUAGUCUCGUUGGUGAAACUAUCCGAGUAUCGAAAGACCUGCUCACGCUGCCAGCAGACACGUCGGCGCGAAACAUCGCGGCUUUGUCCAUCGCUGCGACGUUCCGCAACGCUGGCGCAAUGGCGCUGAGACAGGCGUGCACGCCCGCGAUCACAAAUUUACUGCAGAUGAGCAUGCAGGUUGAUCACACUCGUUCGUCACAUAUAUGGUCAGCGCAUGGAAUAUGCGUAAUUGGUUCACACACUGGUCAGAGUUUUGUGAGGGACGCCGAAGACAGCGUCAAUUUAGCCCUCGCGUUGGCAGACGCACCGUUCUUGAUGGACGAAGAUAACGGAGUGCUGACUCGUGUCACCGCAGCGCGCUUAGUGAAUACGGCUGUAUCGGCCAUUGGCCCAGACUUGGAUCACGAUUCUCUCAUAUUCAAGCGUGCAGAAUCGUUGAUUGAAAUUCUUGGCGAAAGCGACGAACCCGCAGCGAACCUGGAGUCUACUGUGUUUUUGCAGCAUAUCGCGACCUUCACUCCGAGAACGAAGCGAGGACGCGCGCUUCUGGCGGACCUUCGAGUGAUGUUAAAAACAGCGACGGAUUCAUCGACAACAAAGGCGGUAAUGUCGAUGCUUAGACAUUUACUCGAGCGAGACAGCUCGAACGUGGCGUCUCUGUCUGGGUUGGACGCCGAACUCCUAAUUGUUUUGGAUCGCGAGAGUGACCCCAAAACUCGUCGAACGAUUGAGCGCUGCGUAGAACUCUUCGUAAGAGACGUAUGCCGUCUUAGACCAGGCGAAGGCAUGACGAAUCUAUCGAACGUGGCCUUAUACUCUGCGAGUCCAGAGAAAAAUGUCGCGUCCAUCUCGUAUGACGAUGACGAUGACGGCGGUGGCGAUGUCGAUCUUCGUGCAUUCGAUGACAGGGCUUCUCGUGAUAUUGAGCGCGGUGCGCCGAAAUUGAGCACGCGUUUAUUUGCAGCACAGCUGCUAUCGCAAGUGCCGUCCUUUGUGGGCGAGGAAAUUGAGCACAGAAAUCUCGCUGCGGCUCGACGAAGCGCCACCGCCGGCGCGGGUGACCAAUGGCUUGCCUUGCACUCCCAAUCUGCGUUUGACGUCGCAUAUCGGCUUUCGGUGUCCCCAGUCAUGGCGCUUCACGCACCAGGUCUAGAGAUGUUCUCAAACUUGAUGGAUCUUUGGGCACAAGAUGAGGAUCCGGACUCUGUCGCAGAUGUGGAUUGUCGAGCGACGUUUGUCUUGGAGCAAUACCAGGCCCAACUUGUAUCAGCUAUGCGAGCGACCGAUGCGAGUAAUGCAUCUCUGGAGGCGUUUGUAGCAUUGUUACGCCUGGUUUCGAGCGCGCUUACGAGUGGUAUCACGGGCGACGACACCGCUAUGACUCAACGACUGGCCAAUGUGGCGACAAAGAUUGCACGCGACUGGCAGGAGGGGACCUCUAAGAUUCUAUGCGGCAAAGAGUGUAACGAAACUGUCGCAACGCAAGCCAGAAAUACGCUCGUUGUGAGUAUUGCGAGAAUCACAUCCAGUGCUCCGUCGGUGAUACCUGAAGACGUUUUGAUGUCGAUGAAUGCGAAAUGGAUCGCCGCUGUUCGAAAUCCGAACGAGCAGUUCUCCGACGACGAGAUGAUGGCAAUCAUCUUUGCGAUCUCCACCAUUGUACAAGAGCAAACAGAUAAUCACGAGUUGGUUCGUCAACUUUGCUUUAAGGCAAUCAUUUGUGGCUUCGGGACGCCUCGUCUGCCUUCAAAGUCUCACGUGAUACACGCACUUCGUGCGGCGAAAAACCUCAUUUCUCGCCAAAUAUAUGGCCUUCUUCCGAGCGAAAUCGCCGUCAUACGUGACGCGGUGACGCUACAUGCGAGCAGCGAAGAUGUGUUCACCGAAGUUGCAUGUUUCAUCGAAGCUCUAACUGCGUGCGACAAGAUCCAGCCAAUUGCGCUUUGGGACACCGCCAACUUGUUGGCCGACAUCAUGUGCCAGGGUGCGGCGGGCGAAGACGCUUUCUGCAAAAUGAUGAUUACGUCUUUGCGUCUAGCUAAGAGAAGUAAACGAGCAGCGACGCGUGUCGAUGCUUUGAUGCAGCAUUUAUUCACCGACCCAUCUCUAGCAAAGUAUCGUCUCAGUGCGCUUCGAGGGAUACGCCUGGCCGAUUCUGAUGUGAUGCUUCUGGCGUUGACGAUGACUGGACACACUCUUGCCGGGUGUGCGCGCUCGGUAAUUCGGAAAUUCUACGCCAAAAAGAUCGACGGCGUCGCAAAGAGUUUGGAUUCAAUGGAUUUUGUGACUGAAAGCUUACAGACUUGGGCUGCCGCUUUCCUUUUACUGAAAGAUGAGAAGGACGACAAGAUGUGCUUGACGUCGCUCGCUAUCUUCCUCGCCAUCGCGGUCGAUGUCACUUCGCCUGAAGGAAUACCAGAUAGGGCUAUCGACACAACAUGCGGUACAUUAGCGUCCUCGAUCUUGGUGAGGCUAGCUGCAGCGUGCGCGGACCCGUUCCGCAGCGUCGUGGGACAGCUUUCGGCGCAGUCAAAGACUCGACUUCAAACGCUCUUGAAUUUCAAACCAGCGCAAGCGACGGCUGCAACGCCGCUCAAGUCACUCGAAAUUUGCUAG